AUGGCCGCUUCGGAAACGUUCGAGUUUCAGGCUGAGAUUUCUCAACUUCUCGGCCUCAUCAUCAAUACCGUCUAUUCCAACAAAGAGAUCUUUCUGCGAGAAUUGAUCUCAAAUUGCUCCGAUGCCUUGGACAAGAUUCGAUAUGAGGCCCUGUCAGAUCCCAGCAAACUGGACACUGGCAAGGAUCUCAGAAUCGACAUCAUCCCCGACAAAGAGAAUAAGACACUCACCAUCAUUGAUACCGGUAUUGGCAUGACCAAAGCUGACCUCGUCAACAACCUGGGUACAAUUGCCCGAUCUGGCACCAAGCAGUUCAUGGAAGCAUUGACUGCUGGCGCCGACAUCUCAAUGAUUGGCCAAUUCGGUGUCGGUUUCUAUUCUGCCUACUUGGUUGCCGAUAGGGUCACAGUCAUCUCCAAGCACAAUGAUGACGAACAAUACAUCUGGGAAUCCAGCGCAGGCGGUACUUUCGUUAUCAGACCGGACACAGAUGGCGUGCCGCUCGGUCGCGGAACCAAGCAGAUCCUGCACCUCAAGGAGGAACAGCUCGACUUCUUGAACGAGUCCAAGAUCAAGGAAGUGGUCAAGAAGCACUCUGAGUUUAUCUCGUACCCUAUCUACCUCCACGUGAAGAAGGAGACCGAGAAGGAAGUCCCUGACGAGGAUGCCGAAGAGGUUGAAGAAGAUGACGAGAAGAAACCCAAGGUCGAAGAGGCUGAAGACGAUGAAGAAGAGAAAGAGAAGAAGAAGAAGACCAAGAAGAUUACGGAGAUCAAGGAGGAGGAAGAAGAACUCAACAAGACGAAGCCGAUCUGGACUCGUAACCCCUCCGAGAUCACCCAAGAAGAGUACGCUGCCUUCUACAAGUCGCUCUCCAACGAUUGGGAAGAUCACCUCGCCGUCAAGCACUUCUCAGUUGAAGGCCAGCUUGAAUUCCGUGCCAUCCUCUUCGUCCCGAAGCGUGCGCCAUUCGACCUUUUCGAGACCAAGAAGACCAAGAACAACAUCAAGCUCUACGUCCGACGCGUCUUCAUUACCGAUGAUGCCACUGACUUGAUUCCCGAAUGGCUCAGCUUCGUCAAGGGUGUCGUCGACUCGGAAGAUCUGCCUCUGAACUUGUCUCGUGAGACCCUCCAGCAGAACAAGAUCAUGAAGGUCAUCAAGAAGAACAUUGUCAAGAAGUGCCUUGAGCUCUUCAACGAGAUUUCUGAAGACCGCGAGCUCUUCGACAAGUUCUACUCUGCCUUCAGCAAGAACAUCAAGCUUGGUAUCCAUGAGGAUGCUCAGAACCGUCCGGCUCUUGCCAAGCUGCUCCGCUUCAACUCGACCAAGUCUGGUGAUGACGCCACCUCCCUUACCGACUAUAUCACUCGCAUGCAAGAACACCAGAAGCAGAUCUACUACAUCACCGGCGAGUCCCUCAAGGCUGUCCAGAAGUCUCCCUUCCUGGACGCUCUCAAGGAGAAGAACUUCGAAGUCUUGUUCUUGGUUGACCCCAUUGAUGAGUAUGCCAUGACCCAGCUCAAAGAGUUUGAUGGCAAGAAGCUGGUCGACAUCACCAAGGACUUUGAGCUUGAGGAGACCGAGGAAGAAAAGAAGGUGCGUGAGGAGGAAGAGAAGGAGUUCGAGGGUCUCGCCAAGAGCCUCAAGAACAUCCUCGGCGACAAGGUCGAGAAGGUUGUGGUUUCCCACAAGCUCACCGGUUCUCCAUGCGCCAUCCGUACCGGUCAAUUUGGUUGGUCUGCCAACAUGGAGCGUAUCAUGAAGGCCCAGGCCCUCCGUGACACAUCCAUGUCUUCCUACAUGUCCUCUAAGAAGACCUUCGAAAUCUCCCCCAAGUCCGCUAUCAUCCGUGAGUUGAAGAAGAAGGUUGAGGCUGAUGGCGAGAACGACCGUACUGUCAAGUCAAUCACCCAACUCCUCUUCGAGACUUCCCUGUUGGUGUCUGGCUUUACCAUCGAAGAACCGGCCAGCUUUGCUGAACGUAUCCACAAGCUUGUCUCUCUCGGCUUGAACAUCGACGAGGAGCCAGAGACUGCUGAGGAGACGACCGAAGCCGAAGCUCCGGCUGCCGAGACCUCUGGUGAAACUGCCAUGGAGGAAGUCGACUAA